AGGAGGAGGUCCGUCCGUUGAUGGAGAAGUGGGACAACACUGGAUGUACCCUCAUCACAGAUGGGUGCACCCAUCGCGGGUUCAGGCCCGUAAUGAACUUCCUAGCGGCAGGCGAGGGCGGGGCUGCGCUGUUGAAGGUGGUGGACAUGUCGAAGAGGAAAAAGACUGCAGUUGAUCUUGCGAAGAUCAGGGAGGGGGUCGUCAGGGAGAUCGGGGUUCAAACAGUCAAUCCAAUCUGCACGGAUAACGUAGAGGUCAACAAGCAAGCUGCACGAAUUUUGAGGAGGCGAACAAAUUUUCGAAUUGUCCGCAUUCCUUGGGUUCCUUGUGCAGCACACUGCUUGAACAUGCUGCUGAAGGACAUUUGUGGAGUGGACUGGGUGCAGGAAGUUGCGCAGAGGGCGAAGAUGAUGGUGAAGUUCAUUAAGAACCACCACCGCACUGUGCCCCUCUACAGCAAGUGUUCAGACUUGGUGAGGGAGAGGUCGCUGAUUCUCCCCACAGAGGUGUGGUUCGCAUCCAAGUUCAUGAUGCUCGCGCGGUUGAAGGACAGAAGGAAGGUAUUGGAGGAGAUGAUGGAGGAAGGUUGGAACGACAUCAGGUGGAGCGGAGCAAAGGACAGAGGCAAAUCCCAAGCCACGUACGUCACGGUCGUCACCACGAAAUGGUGGCAGCUAUUGAACAGGGCUGUGACAGCCUUCCACAGGGAGCCCACAGAAGAAAUGAAGCACAAGCGGGCAGAGGAGGCAAAAAAGAAGAGGGAAGAGGCUCGAAAGAAGGGGGAAGAGCCUCUUAAUAAAGAGGAGGAGGAAGAGAGCUUCUGGACAAAGUUCGCGAAGUUCGACAGCAGGCUUUUGCAGCUGACUGCAUCCGAAUGGUGCAGCACUUAUGGCGGAAGCCACAGGAAAUUGCAGGAGAUUGCAGUGAGGGUCACCGCCAUGUGGAGCAUGGCCACCCCAUGCGAGAGAAAUUGGUCGUCGUUGGAUCUUGUUCACAGCAAGCGGAGAAACACGUUGGGUAGUGGGACCGUUGAGAAACUCGUCGACGUUCAUCGGAACAGACAACUACAAAAGGUGAAGAUGACAAAAAGGGGGGGUUAUAUUGACUUKUGGGCCAGCUGCUUCGAUGAAGCGGAAGCUCCAUCGUCCGAAGACCCCGCUGUCCUCCCUGCCACGACACCAAGCGUUUACCCUUCUGAUAACGAGGCAGCGCGGAUGAUUCGCCUGAGAAAGGCGCCCAAAGGGAGGGUCCCAAGGAUGAAGGGAGUGGAURAUUCGAGCUCCUCUGAUAGCAGUGACGAUGGGGAGGACCUUAUCUGGAGGGGAAAGAGACAGAAGACACAAAAGCAGCAACAGCUUGAGGACCUCAACGAGAUGCAACUGCUUGAUGAUGAUGUCGAGGGCGGUUAUGAAAAAGGGGAUGAGGCGGAUGGGGAGGAGGACGAGGAGGGGGAAGAGGAGRAGGAGGGGGAGGACGAGGAUGAGGAAGAGGAGGAGAAGGUGGAGUUUGGCCUGCGUCCGCCUCGAGAGAGUGACGAGUCAGACAACAGUGACGACGACAACAUCGAUGAGGAGCUCACAUUGAGGGCGGAUGCGGCGCACUUGGACGAUGACGCAGAGUUCUUGGAGUCAAUGGGCCCCGCCUUCGUAAAUGUUGAUAGCGAGGAUGAGCGUGCUAGAGCACAGGCGCAGACCUUGGCCCACAGAGACCGGCCUCUCAUUGAACAAUGGAUGUAGCAAGAGGCUGCAAAGCGUGUGGUAGUUCCUGCUGCUUGAAGGAGGAAGACGGGGUCGACAGUUGCAGCGGGAGCAUUGGGAGAAGGGGAAGAGCUAGGGAACACAAUAAAGAGACUACAAGAAG